AAAAAAGGGCAUUAAUCGGAAUAUUUUAAUCGAAGUUGUUCUGAGGAAGGAAACAUCGUUAUUUAGAAUCCAGAAAAUUACCUAGAAAACACAUUCUGCUAUUGGAACAUGUGGACAAACCGUCGUUUCUCGACAUUCACCUCAAGUCCAUUUCUAUCAACAUGAAUUAACUUUAAUCUUACUUUCUAUUUUUUUCAAUUCCAGUCACCGAAGAAAGAUAAAGAAUAAAUUUAUGGAGAUUAAAAUUAAUUAAAUAUGAAUCGACAUAGAGACAGUGGUGUACGAAUCCAUCAUUGCGGCCCGUUUCUGCUGGCUCCACUAGUGAUUGCUAGCCCUGCUAAGGGAGACGAAAAUAGUGGCGGGGGAAGAGAGGGGCCGAAGCGAAACGGCCUACCGCCGAAUGUUUUGCCCUAUUGUUCGACAAUGUCGCGAAAGGUGAUGGAUUUCGACUAACUCCGAUUACGGGCGAGACGAAGUCCAAGCGAUGUACUUCAUGCCUUUCGAGAUGGGAUUAGUGCUUCGUGACGAACGUAGACUACGGUAAUACCGGUGAAAAAACAUCGAGGAAAUCUACGAACGACUCUUUGUCAUGGACAUGCAAGCUUCUAAUGGAAUGGAUAUGUGUAUGAAUACAGUGUAUACUUCCAUCCCUGGAUUGCCCGAACAACUAGGGAUGGUAUGGAUGAGUGAUGUGAUGAUGGGAGAGCCUCAUGAAUUCAUGCUGGAUGCUCGUCAAGGUGAAAACCCAUUUUUUUCACAUGGUUCGCAUCCCUAUGAAGAUCUCAGAAAUCAUCACAUCGCUCCUACUACUAUGGUGCGCUACAUACCGCAGCAAUUCUCAAAUGAGUGUUCGGAACCUGAUGAGGCAAUGGAGGCUGUAGAUGCUCAUGAUAUUCAGCGAGAAUAUGAUUCACAGUCUGAAAGACAGGAGAUGAAUGAAUACCUAACAUUAGAAGACUACAUUGGUGAUGAAGAACGAGAACAAAUUGUGAAUAAUGCAGCGACUCAAACUAUUCAAGACAAUCGUAAUCGAAAAAUAAAACCAAUAAAGCAUCCAGGUCUUGUUUUAAAAACGCCAAUUGCUUAUCAACCUCAUACUGAUCUAAAUUUUAUUCCUAUUCGCAAGGAUGGUAUAGCUGUCUGUGAAAAAUGUGGUGCUAUUGGAGUAAAACAUGCCUUUUAUACAAAGGAACGUAGAUUUUGCAGUAGAGCAUGUGCACGUUCUUCAGAACACACAACACCUACUGCUGAUUCAACAUAUAGUCCGUCUCACUCGGGGGAUCAACUGGUAUCUGUAAAUCAAGCAUCUUCUAUUGAAACAAAACCGGAUGUCGUUGUGAAGGAAGAGAUAGUUGUCAAAGAAUCUGUUGAAUCAGAAAAAGACAAAAUUAACUUAGAACCAGUAAUGCCGGAGGAUUUACCGGUUAGAAGAAAAAGAACGGCAGAAAUGGCAGGUUCUUACGACUGGACACAACAACUUAUAGAACCUGGGUUUUGUGCUGCGCCAGUCUCUUGUUUCAAACAUGCUCCUAUAUCAGAGAUUUGGGAUAAUAUCACAGUGGGUAUGAAAGUAGAAGUCGAAAAUACCGAUUGUGACGAAGUGUGCGAGGCUUUUCCCGAUUCGUUUUGGGUCGCAACUGUGUUACGUGUUUGUGGAUACAGAGCUCUGUUAAGGUACGAGGGUUUCGGACAGAAUGCAGAAAAAGAUUUUUGGGUAUCGCUUUGUUCUAACGAUAUACAUCCUGUUGGUUGGUGUGCAACAAUUGGAAAACCUCUUAUUCCACCUAACACAAUUGCAAAUAAGUACAAAGAUUGGAAAGAUUUUUUGAUGAGACGAUUAACCGGUGCAAGAACGUUGCCAACAAAUUUUUAUAAUAAAGUAAAUGAAAGCAUGAAAUCUCGUUUUCGAUGUGGUCUUCAUUUAGAAGUAGUAGAUAAAAAUAGAAUCUCACAAGUAAAAGUAGCGACGAUACAGAAGAUUGUUGGCAAACGUUUGCAUGUGAGAUAUUACGAUUCACCGCCGGAGGAUAACGGGUUUUGGUGUCACGAAGACUCACCCCUUAUACACCCUGUCGGUUGGGCUAAAAAAAUAGGACAAACGUUAGAUGCGUAUCCCGAAUACUUGGAACGUAUUUCUAAAUCAAAAUUAUCUGAAGAUGACGCAACAGAGGAUCUUUUUCAUGUGCCAAAGAGUCAUCAUAUGCACCUCGCGUACACAUUUAAGGAAGGAAUGAAAAUAGAAGCUAUCGAUCCGCUUAAUCUUUCGGCUAUAUGUGCAGCGACAGUUAUGCAAGUUUUGGAAAAAGAUUACAUUAUGAUUCGUAUUGACAGUUACGACGAAGACGCAAGCGGGGCUGAUUGGUUUUGCUAUCAUUCGUGUUCACCAUGUAUUUUUCCCGUCGGUUUUUGUUCUCAACACGGUUUGCCUUUAACGCCACCGAAGGGUUACGAUCCUACUACAUUUACUUGGGACGCAUACCUGAUGGAGACCAAUACCAUACCUGCUCCUGUGCAAUUAUUUAAUCGGGAAAUUCUUCAACAUGGAUUUAUCGAAGGAAUGAGACUUGAAGCAGCUGAUUUGAUGGAUCCUAGAUUAGUUUGUGUCGCUACUAUUACUAGAGUGAUUGGCAGAUUAUUACGAGUACAUUUUGAUGGCUGGGAAGACGAAUAUGAUCAAUGGUUAGAUUGUCAAAGUCCAGAUAUUUAUCCCGUUGGAUGGUGUGAUCUCGUUGAUCACAAAUUGGAAGGGCCGCGUGUACACAUUAAAAACACUAGUCCUACUAUAAAAUCACCAAGAGGCCUUAAACGUAAAGCUAAGAGAAAAUUGAAGAAAGGUAGCAAGAUAUCUUGCUCCAAAAAUAUACUACCUCGUCAGAGCGAACGUAUUAGUAUGGCUCGUGAACGCGGGCGAGAAUUGGAACCUGCUCAAGGAACAAAAAUUGAAAGAGAGCGUGAUCUAGAAAGUCUACCGGAACAAAGGAGCAGAGAACCGGAAACAGCGGAAGAGCCAGCUGGACCUGACCAAACUUUACCUAGUCCUACUACUGGACAAGAUCAAGCAUUGAACGAUACGCAAAGCGAAGUACAGAAUCCUCCACCACCCAAGGAAAGAGCCGCUACAUCGUAUAUCAAUGUUACUUCAGCAAGUACUAAAUAUAUACCAAGGCUAGCAGAUGGUGUGCAAAGAGGAUCGGAAUCUGGUGAUCUAGUGCCAUCUGAGUGGAAUGUCUUUGACGUUGCACAAUUUCUCCGAGUUAAUGAUUGUGCAACAUAUUGCGAUAAUUUCAGUAAACGUAAAAUAGAUGGAAAGACAUUGCUGACUCUUACUAAGGACCAAAUAAUAGACCUAACAGGUUUCAAAGUUGGACCUUCUUUAAAAAUAUUUGAUUUAAUUCAGCAAUUAAAAAUCAAAGUGAAUCCAGCUCAGGAAAGGUUGAAACUAGGAUUGAAAAAAUUAUUAUAACAAAAUUAGUAUGUAGUUAGCACUAUAAAUAAGUUUCAUAAACAUGCAAAUUAGACAUGGAUUUACAGGUAAGAUGUGCGAAAUAACGAUAAUUAAAAUUAUCUCCAUUUCAAUAUGCAUACGUUAUUGCAUAUGUAUAUUAUUCGUUAGGUAUUUUACUUAUGUAUUUACUGAAAAAAAUGUUAAUAUGUAGAUUCAUUAUCUCAUUUAAAACAAAUGUAAAAAAUUUAGAUGCUGAUUUUGUUAAAGUUAAAAGACUUUUCUUAUUC